AGAAAGAGCCGAGAGACACAGAGAUGCAGGCGCUGCUGCGGGAGUAGGGUUCACCGCCGUCUGUACACUAGCUAGUGCACACCGCGUAGAAGAUGCCCGGCCUUGUGCCCUGGGGUGUAGCGCUGGCGCUGUGCUGUUUCCCUCUGCUCUGCGGCUCCUGUCCGGCUCAAUGCAGCUGCUUUUACCACAAGCUGAGCGACGGAUCCAAGUCCAGGAGUGUUCUGUGCAAUGACCCCGAUCUCACCGACAUCCCGGACAACUUUCCCCUGGACGCCUCCAAACUGCGCAUCGAGAAGACGUCGCUCAGCCGCAUCUCCAGCGCCCCCUUCCAGCAGCUCAGCAGCCUGGAGUACCUCUGGAUCUCCUUCAACUCGCUCUCCUCCAUCAGCCCGGACACUUUCCGUGGACUGUACGCUCUGGAUGAGUUACGGAUGGAUGGGAACGUUCUCACUUCUUUCCCGUGGGAAUGUCUGCUGGACAUGCCCAGCCUGCGGCUUCUGGACUUGCACAACAAUAAAAUCAGCAGCAUCCCGGCAGAAGCGACGCUGUACAUCCGGAACCUGACCUACCUGGACCUGUCCAGCAACAGCCUGACUACAGUUCCACCGGAGGUGCUGAUGUCCUGGUUCUCCCCGAAACCUCCAUUGGACGCUGAGGGCUCCAGAAUGAUUCUGGGUCUGCACGAUAACCCCUGGCAGUGCGACUGCCGCCUGUUUGACUUGGUGCAGUUCCAGAAGUUUCCCUCGUCCUCUGUGGCGUUCAUCGAUACGGGCCUGCGCUGUGCUGAGCCGGAGAGUCUGUCCGGGGUUCUGUUCUCAGACGCGGAGCUGCGCAGGUGUCAGAUCCCCCGCGUGCACACGGCCGUGGCCCGAGUCCGCAGCUCCAUCGGGAACAAUGUGCUGCUGCGCUGCGGGACCAUCGGUGUGCCCAUCCCAGAACUUAGCUGGGCCCGAGCUGACGGCAAGCCCAUGAACGGCACCGUUCAGCAGGAGGUGUCCAAAGAGGGCAUCAUCUGGUCCAUCCUCAGCGUGCCCGCCGUCUCCUACCGCGAUUCAGGAAAAUACGUCUGCAAAGCCACCAACUUCGUGGGCAGCGCCGAUGCCAUCAUCUCACUUGUUAUUUCUGAUACGUGGCAGAUCGACGAAGCGGUGGCCAAGAGAAGCCACGGGAAGAAGAGCGGAGGCUUCGGGCGCGCGGCGUAUCAGGAGAAGCUGAUCGCCAGAUACGUUCCUCCGUCCACCUCGGCCGCUGUGCCGAUCAUCGAGCCACUGAACUCUCCGCAGGGCUCGUCCUCCGUCCAGAUCGAGAGCUACAGCGUUUCAGCAGACGCAUCAAAGCUGAAGCCAAAGCCAAAGCCAACAGCGCCCCCUGUGGGGCAGACGGAGCCGGUGGCGCUGCAGAGGGAUGUGCUCAAUAACCUGGAGCCGAACGCCUCCUCGCUGCAGCAGGGUCCCGAGCGCCGCGUGGUGCGCUCCGUCAAGGUCAUCGGUGACACCGACCACACGGUCUCGCUGAACUGGCGUGCGCCCACCGCCACCAACACCACCUCCUUCAGCGUGCUGUACGCCGUGUUCGGGGAGCGCGACAUGAGGCGCAUCAAUGUCGGCCCAGGCAAGAACCGCAUCACCAUUGAAGGCCUGGUGCCCAAAACCAAGUACAUCGCCUGUGUGUGUGUGAAGGGGCUGAUCCCCAAGAAAGAGCAGUGUGUGAUCUUCUCCACGGACGAGGCGGCGAGCGCCAGCGGCACACAGAAGCUGAUUAAUGUGGUGGUGAUCACGGUGGCGUGUGUGAUCGCCGUGCCGCUGACGCUCAUCGUCUGCUGCGGAGCGCUGAAGCGGCGUCUGCAGAAGCUGCUGGGCCGAAAGUCCAAAGACAUCCAGGACUCCUAUGUGACAUUCGAGACGCUGCCGCCGGGCACCAAAACCAAAGGGCUGGAGGGAGAAUUCCUGACCCGACUGAACCCAGACGAGUCCAACCGGCUGCUGUCCGCACGCUCUAGCGUCGACUCCGAGGCCACGGCGCGUACUGAAGGACAGCCCAAUGAGUACUUCUGCUGAUGGACACACACACACACACACACACACACACACACACACACACACACACACACACACACACACACACACACACACACACACACACACACACACAGCUGCUGAGAGAAGUCUCAGUGUUUAAAAGGGAAAUGGAUCAUCUGUAUUCUGUGUUUGAUCAGAGCGUGCACUUUUCCAAUGAUGCGGUUCAUCAUUGCUUCAUUUCUCCAACACAGAACAUUAUCAAGCGCAGCACCUAAUACCCAUCUGUCUGAUACAGGGCGAGAGUGAGAUGUGUGUUGGGAGUGUAAGGGAGGCUAGUGAUGCUUUAUUUUGACUGUUUUUCUUGAUGCUGUUGUCUUGUCACCCAUCAGCUGGGCCAACUGUUUCCACUGUAACCUCAAACCCGUGCUUUUACUUUGUCAUAUGCACAUGUGUCGAUGUCUGUAUGUACUUUAAUAUCUUGAUCAAAGAUGAACUGAAUAAACCAUGCUUUUUUUAAUAUA